GAAGUGACAACAUCACAACUGGUUCAGUCAUUAAACUGAUGUCACCUAGUUCCUGCACAUGCCCACUGCGUACAUACACAAACAGUUCAGAAAAAUUCUACUUGCUGUCAACAGAUGUGAACAAACUUGUAGACCGCAAUGGAAACUAUGUGUACGUACUGUCUGUGCCUUAUCUGUUCAGUUGCUGCAUGUCAGUUUUUUUUCUUCAAAUAUUUAUCACAAAACUUAUGAUCACAUAA